AUGGCGUCUAAAAGAAAGUACAGUCCUCUUUGGACGCAUUUUGAGGAGACCGCGCCGAAAAAGGCGAAAUGCGUCUAUUGCUCUCGGAUAUUAACAUUAUCGUCGAGCUUAAUUGGCAGUCUAAGUCGCCAUAUGAAAUCCGUUCAUCCCACAGUAAAUAUUAAAGUUGAAAGGCAAGGAACUCUCAGUGUAGAAGAUAUCUCGGCAACAUCGGGCAAGCCGGCUGUGCAGGAAGUCACAUGUGGUGAAACUUGUAGUCGACCAACUUUCGCCACAAAUGCUAUGACCGUUACCACCACCACUGGAACUGCCAGUACUAGCAGAGAGAACAUGCCAUCUAUUAAGGACUAUGUAGUUAUUAAAAAACCACUACCUCAACAUAAAUUACAGCAGCUCGAUGAUCAACUAGUAAGGAUGAUCGCGAAGGGAUACCAUGCCUUACGUAUGUUAGAUGAAAAAGAAUUCCGUAAGUUUGUAGAAAUGUUAAACCCAGGGUACACAUUGCCGACGCGAAAAACAUUGUCCGAAAGCUUACUACCAAAGGUAUAUAACAAAGUCCUUGAGUCUGCCAAAUUUCAUAUCACUAAGGCAACAGCCGUCUGUAUAACAACAGAUGGUUGGCCCUCAAUUGUUAAUGACGGCUAUAUUGCUAUCACGGCCCAUUUUAUAGAUCAUGAAAUAGACCAAAUAUGUUCUGUCAUGAUUGGUUGCAUAAAUCUUGAGGAAAGGCACACGAGCAUAAAUUUAAAAGAUUUUCUACAAGAAAAGUUUAUUGAGUGGGGUAUUGACCGAAGAAUAGGUGCGGUGGUCAGCGAUAAUGCUGCAAAUAUUGUCGGCGCAGUGCAACUUGGUGGUUGGCGUACAAUUAGAUGCUUCGCGCACUCUUUAAAUUUAGUUAUGCAAGCGAGUAUUAUUAAAAUAGAGGAGACAAUAAUUAAAGUCAAACACGUAGUGGAAUAUUUUCAUCGAAGUUCACCUGGAGCUAAAAAAUUAAAAGAAAUACAACAGCAAAUGGAGCUUGAGCCCCUUAAAUUAAAACAAGACGUCAUCACUCGGUGGAAUUCCACAUAUGACAUGCUGCACAGGAUAGUUAAAAUAAAAAAUGCUGUAAUUGCUACACUGGCCCUUAUGAGGAAUGACCUGUCGCUUUCCCAAGAUGACUGGACUAUUAUUGAAAAAUCUAUUCCUUUAUUAAAUAUAUUCUAUGAGGUUACUAAAGAGAUAAGUGGCGAAGAAUACGUAACGGCUUCGAAGGUCAUCGUGUAUUGUAAGUUAAUAAAUAAACAGAUCGAGAAGUGCACUGAGGAAACUCUUGCACCUAUUCAAGAAUUGAUAAAAUCAUUAGCCUUACAAAUGACGCAACGGUUUCACGAUAUAGAAAGCAAUGUACUGCUCAGUGAAGCAACUAUCUUGGACCCUAGAUUUAAAAAAAAUGGGUUCAGCAGUGUUAGGAACUAUGAAAGGGCUGCAGCUCAACUAAAAUUAAAAAUAGGUGCUAUUGAUAAUUCAAGCGUGGUAGUGCCUGUUGAAGAGAGGCAAAUGACGACUCGGUCAUCUAUUGUAAAAUCUAUCUGGGAAGAUUUUGAUACCGAGGUUUCAAAACUGGUACCUGAAAAUCCAGUAGCAGCUGGUAUAGUCGAAUUCGACAAAUAUAUGCUCGAACCUUUAAUCAAGAGGCACGAAAAUCCUCUCAAGUGGUGGAAGGAUCGCAAGGCAGUAUAUCCCCGUCUUUAUUCAUUUAUGCUGAAAAGGCUUAAUAUUGUAGCAACUUCAGUGCCAUGCGAACGCGUGUUUUCCAAAGCCGGUCUAACCCUAAAUGAAAGGAGAACACGACUCAAAACAAAAAAAUUAAGUCAGCUAAUGUUUAUUAGCUGUAAUUGCUGA